ACUCCGUUCGUGCUAAACUGUUUACCUGACACUGCGUGCAAAUAUUUCUCGCAUUUAAUAGUGUUUUAUUUUAAGUCUCUAAGGAUUUGUUUUGUACAUUUAUAUUCAAAUAAAUUAGAGUUUUUAACCGUGACGGUUUUAACUUUUGUCUUAUCGCAAUGUUUUAAUAUUAUAAUGAUUGCUAAAGAUAAAACAAUUCAAGUAAAGAAGUAAAAUUGGUACUGAAAAAAAACGUAAUAGUGAUCAAAAGGAUGGCAUUCAUUUUCCUUCUUUGUACUUAAAACAAAGCCUGUAUUUAAAAACCUGUUUUUGCAAAAUUAGAUGUCGAGUUUAUGCAGCUGUCUACAGUUAUUACGAGGUCUUGUUGACGAUUCAUUUAUUCGUGGAGGCAAAUUGGCUAGGCUAGGCUAAUCGGUUUGAAGUUUGAACUAAGAGUUUUGAACACAGUGCAAUGCAAAUUUUCAAUUUUAUUGAAAGAAAACAAUUAUUUUCUUCACCUGCUGUAAAACGGUAUAAUAAACAAGCUAUCUUAUCUACAAUUACUCAAAAUUAGAAUAAUCGGUUCCUGUAAUUUAUAUUUUGUGGCUUGGAUUAGCAUAAAGGGUAUUGUUUGAGAGUAGUAAUGAAAGAAAGCCGUCAUGGCCGCCUCAUUACGAUUUGUCAAACGUCUAAACAUUUUUCGUUCAAUUCAACGAUACCUUGUGCCCUUUGCCUUCGUUCUAUAUGUUUUUUUCCUGUACAGUCAUCUCCAAUCGGCACCGAUGGAUCAACAAAUACUUAAGUUCAACUUUUCGACAUCAGAAGGCAAAAAUUUGGGGAAAGGGUUGAUGAGUUUACAUGUAAAUGGCUUCCUUGUUUCAACAAGAACAAACCGUGGUAAAACUGCCGGCUCAGCAGUGUGCGUUGUCGAUCCUGCGAUAACAGAUUGCCAAACCAUGGGCUUUGCAGCAUUUCUUCUUUACACUUUGGAUCAUAUCUUGCAGUGCCGCGCUUUGGGAAUUAACCAACCUACUGUGUUUUGGAGGGCCUGUAAUUCAGUUUGCUCGAGAAAUCCGAGAGUAAAUUCGUGGGACUGGUAUUUUGAACCUGUUAAUCAUGGCUUGGAACGGAAAGUCGAAAAUGUUAUAUGUCUUUUAGAGGCAACUGGCGCUCUAACAAUAGAACGUUUAAAUGAAAAGAGUCAGCACAAUUUAGGAGCAAUUCUAGACAACAGUUUUAAGAACCGAAGUAAUGUGGAUGGAUUUGAGACAAGCAAAAUUAUAACCACACAGGAGAGAUUACGAGUUAAUAAACUGAUCCAUCAGUACGUUAAACCUAAUUCUAGAAUAAACGAGAAAGUAGAGAUAUUUUACCAGCAACAUCUGGCAGGCUUCACGGUUUUAGGAGUUCACGUUCGAGGAACAGAUCAUUGGAAGGAAACAAGCGAGAAAAGGCUGCCAUCUUUGAUGAGUUGGGUUAAAAAAGCUCAGUCAAUUCUGGAGACGUUGCCGCAACCAAGGAAGAUUUUUAUUGCAAGUGACAAUAAUGAAGUUAUAAAGAAAUUUGUCUUCUAUUUUGGAACAGAAAUGGUUAUUUUCACGGACGCUGUUCGGGCGGAAAGAUACCACGAUCAGCUCCCUCCCCAUGGCUUUACAUUUGAACACAAUGCCGCUGACCCAUAUGAGCGACAAAUUGGUACUCAAGUGUUGAUGGAUAUUCUGCUGUUAGCCAAGUGUGAUCAGUUCUUACACACCGAGUCCAGUGUAGCCUCUCUUGCCAGCUACUUCAACCCACAUAUGACCAGCUACUUCCUGCAGGAUGAAACAACUGACAAGGUGCAAGGGAAGGUUCGUGAAAGAAUUACACCGAGAGAAACAAGGAGAAUAGAACAGGAAAAGCCGGAUAAGAACUGGAAUCCGUCUCCUGCUGAAACUGACGAGUUUGUUGAACUGUUGGAAUGUUUUCAGAGGAAUUCUGCAGGAAGUGCUUGUCCAAAUAUUGCAAGGGGAAUAUUUGUUAGUUCAGAAAAAGCCAGGGAUCUCCCCAAACGUCUUUGAAAAUUGAUGCAAUAUUGAAGCUUGUUAUUAACUGAUCUUUCACGGAAUUUUUGGGCAGCUUAGUUCAUGAUCAUGGUUCAUCUUGAAGUAUCUCUUAUGAGAGAGCGUUACAAGUAAAAUCCCUGAGCUGUUACCUGUUACCUAUCUUCUUUGUGCCAUGUGGCACAUAAGGCCUCAACACAAUCCCGCCAACCAGCUCUGUCAACCGCUGCGAUUUGUACCUCACUCCAGUUCUUCCAUCCAGCUUUUUCCCUUUCUCUCUCUGCUGUCUUCCUCCAUGUUGUCUUUGGUCUAGCCCGUUUUCGCCGCCCUUCUGGGGUCCAGGUUAAUGCAGUUCUGCAGUCAUUAUUUGGUUCUUUCCUCAUGAUGUGACCGUUGAAUUUUCAUCUUCUCUUUCGCACGCCCUCACUGAGGUUUUCCAUCUCAGCCAUCUUCAGGACUUCUUCGUUUGUAAUUCUUUCUCGCCAGCGUAUCCCUGAGCAAAUAACUUUAUUUGUCUCUUGCUGUCGGUAAAGGUUAAGGAUGGGUUAAAGUCUUUUUCUAUCACCCAUUGUAGGAGACAACUAUGAGUUUUGGAAAAAGGUGAAGACGAGCAACGUAAUAGUUAAAAUUCUUACCCCCAAAAUAUGACGACAGCUCGCUACAGGAUAUCAGUGUCCUAAUAGUUAGGUUCCGCGCUUCCACAUUCCUCCCUAUACUAGGCUUCCUUCACAAGUUGUCUCUAUAAAUAGUCCUUGAUUUUUCCUUUCUUUUAUUUUCUGCCUGUACUCAGUUCAUCUCACAAGCAAUCAUUUACAACGAAUCGAAGAGUGACGUUUCCGAAAAAGAAGACAAAAUAGUAAAAAAGAAAACCUCAACCGUAUUUUAAAAAAGUUAAACCGGUCCAGCCCCCGAAGAGAUUUGAACUCUUGACCCCUGGUUUACGAGACCAGUGCUCUAACCACUGAGCUACGGGGGCCGGCUUGAAUGGUCAUGCCAAACAUUAAUUUUAAAAAAAGCACAGUAACACACUCUUUUAAUUGUUUGGUACAGCUUGUCAAGCUUUCUCUUUAUUUACCCAGUAAUAUAAACGGCAUUAAUAAAAGGAGGUCUGCCAGGCACUGCAAAAAAACUGCACGAGUUUAUGAGUAAUGGUGAAGUAGAGUUCAGUCUGUAAUCACACGAUUGAUCAACAAAAUCAGACAAUAAUUUUGUUAUAGUUAUGAUUACUUUUAAUUAAAGCAGAAAGCCAAUUGAAAGAACAGUUUGCAGCAUGCAGGAGUAGACCUCAGAGGGAUUUUGACUCUUGACCCUUGGCCAUUACUAGUUUCUGGUGGGGGGCAGGGGGAUCAGAACCGUACCUUGCUCUCUCGUCUCCCUUAGCCCUCCCGUCCUCUAUCUCCCGAGUUCCCACCCUCCUGUCUUCCCCCGCCCCCGCACCACCACCACCACUCACUAGACUCCUGCUCUGACCAUAGAAUCAGUAGAAUUCCGGCCCCUGUUCUGAGUGUCUUCUUGUCUGUGUGAGGCAACUAGAAGACCAGUCAGCACUUCUACCGGUUCUGGAAAAAGUUAAACUUGACUUUACUAAGAGCUGAGAGAGAGUUUUGUUUCGUUUUCAAGGCAAGACACUAGAAGCUGUCAGACUGUUUUUGUUUCUUAGGCCUAGUUAGCAAGGGUGAGAAGAACGAAUCUAUGACAUCUAUUAAAACUACGUACGCCAUUCUGAACAAUAAGCGCCUUUUAGUUGGUGUUAUUCGUCUAGCAUGACUGUCACCUGUUUGACGUCAUUACGACUUUACCAAAUAAACCACAAACUACGUUUAACUAUUGAUAGUUACAUUUUUGUUUUUUCCUUACGAGGGAAUAUCGACGAAUUUCCCGAGAGAGUAUCAAGUCUAUCAAAGACAGUCAGACAAAGAGUUUUAAAUAUUUCUCGAAUUCGACUGGAUAUCCUUGGACACUUUUUGUGGCGUAGUCCGGUAGACCUUUAUUUGAUCGAGGUGUUAUAAAUGACUAGAAAAGUUAUGGUCAAACGUCUUUGAAAUGAUAAAGACCAAGCCGAAUACUAUGGCUGUGUUGUAUUUAGUCGCUGUUUUGCUUGAUACGAGCUUGUUGACAUAACUGGCUCACGUGUGAUACCGUUUGUAAUUACUUAUGAUAUCAAACACAGACUGCAAUGUUUGGGCUACAAGUAGGCUACAUGUAGGCUACGACUAAGCGAUUGCUAGGUCGAAAGUGGCUGAAAUUUGAAACGAUCUGAAAGCCGAUACACUGGGUCAGCUAAAAGACUGAUAGAUAAGGGGCGUGUACUCUCUGGUUACAGACAUAACUUUACAGCGAGAGAUUGUUUUGGGUAUUUCUUAUUUUAGAUUGGCUGAGGUCCCACUAGCACAUUUGACAACGCUGUUACAACGGUGUCACACUGUUUCAAGUGUGACCGACUAUUUUUUUAGUGUCAGUGUCAGUGUCUGUUGCUCAAGUUACGCGGCUUAAUCAAAGGAUUUUAACAACGCUGUUUAAAACUCUAAAAGUACGAUCUAUCUGGUGUCUAUCUAAAUCCACUUGAGAUAGACCAAUGACGGUUUUUUGAACGGGAAGUCCAUUUCGCGAUAAGAAUUUACGCGCUAAAGUGAUUUAGUUUCAUCUGAAAGGUCAUGUUCAAAUUUUUAGCGGUCACUCUGAACACGCGAAACAAACAACGAAGAUUUCACUAGAAUUAUGGAUCUUAACAGCGACUGAACUGCUUACCGGCCCUCUACCAGCUGGGAAAGGUAAAUUGCAUCCUACUAAUUCAUAAGUAAUUUAUUCCUUUGUGAUAUGUCACCUUUGUAAAUUGUAAGCUGAUAUUUGACAAGUUGUCAGCCACAAAUUUGAAACCGCUGUUAACAACUGCUAGUGGAACCGCAGGUUAUGUGACACCGUUGUUACACUGUUGUUAACCAAAACAACGUUGUAACAGCGCUGUCAAGUGCUAGUGGGACCUCGACCAUUGUAAGGUUACGACAGCGUGCUGAGAUGUACAUCGCUCAGGUGAAUUUGGUAUUUGCCGUCGGAGACAAAGUUUGCCUCACGACAAGAAAAGCAGCACGUUCAUUCCAUGAUCGUUUCAAAGUUGAUUUCCGUGCAUUUUACGACUUGUCUUUGUACUGUACUAGUUCUUCAAAAUUACAAUUGAAUUCAAAAAAUUUCGGUGCAAUAGUCCUGGAAUAGUAACUAUAAACAGCAUAUGGGCAUGUAAGCUUUAGUGUAAGCGGAAUACGAAACUCAGUGUAGGCAAAUUCCAUAUUCUAUUUAGACAAGAAUGACUUCGCUUGUUUCGCUCAAUCCACAGCAUGUUUCAUGCAAUAUAUCAAACACGAAAGACCGUGUUUGACCACAUUUCCAAACACCGAGAAGAGAGUUGAAAAUACGACGCGUAGCGGAGUAUUUUUGACCAACUUCGAGGUGUUCGGAAAUGUAGUCAACCACUGUCUUUGGUGUUUGAUAUAUUUUCUCAAUCGAAACUAGAACUAAAAAGAAAACGGUGAAAUA